UUAUUUACAACUAUGUCCCUACAUUCUCUCUCUUUCUCUCUCUAAAGUGUUGCAAAGUCAGAGUGCCUACAAGUGCUUGUAUAUAUACUACUGCAUGUGAUAUUAGCUUCUUUGUCCAUUUUGUCCAGUUCUUAGAGAAAAGUAGUAACUGCCAAGCCAAACUCCGUUUCUACUCUUAAGUCUUAAGCAAUGAAGCAAAAGAUUGUCAUAAGAGUGCAGCAUAAGUGCAAGAAAUGUCAAUCAAAAUCCUUGAUGAUUGCUGCUAUGUCAACUGGAGUCAACUCAGUGUCAUUAGAAGGGGAGAAGAAAGAUAAAGUGGUGAUAAUUGGAGAAUCAGUAGAUGCAACAGGCAUUACCAGCUUAUUGAGGAAGAAGGUCGGACACGCCAGCCUGGAGCUUGUUGAUGAAAUCAAGUGAAGAAGUCACAGAACUGAGCUGCAUUCAAAAUAGUUGUAACGAUGGAAUGUAUUUAAAGCAUAUAUUUGUAAUGUAAAAGAAACAA